CCACACUUUCGAAACCCGUCUUUAACCAUGGGUAAAGUAAGUGGUUAAGGUAGGCCCUUCCUUAACCCUCCUGUCCGCAGGGCAGCCGCGCUGCAGCUCUGCUUCCAGCUCUGUUCAGAUUCUACCUGGCCAGCCAAUUUUCCGCUUUGCCUUCUCAGUCUGCUUCUGCUACAGGCGCCAGCUGCUUCUGUAUGCACUCUCUGCCUGGUUUACACUGAGUUAUGGCGCCAAACAACCCCACAAUUGCCCUGGGUAAGGAAGGUCUGAAAGCUUCAAAGCUCGGGUUUGGAUGCAUGGGCAUGAGCUGGGCCUAUGGGCCACCACCUGCGGAGGAACAGUCUCUUGCUGUGCUACAGAAGGCUGUUGAUUCUGGCAUUACGCUUUUCAACUCAGCCGACUUCUAUGGGAAGGAUGGUCACAACGAGAAGCUGCUUGGAAAGGCGUUCGCUCACCAGAGGGAGAAGGUCGUGUUGGCUGUGAAAUUCGGUGCUAUCUUGAGCGAACAUGGCCUGCAGCUCCAAGCAGACCCAGAUUUUGUCAGGGCUUCCUGCGAGGCUUCUUUGAAGCGACUCGGCACAGAGUACAUAGAUCUGUAUAUUCUGGCGCGUACUGAUGAGAAAGUCCCAAUUGAAACUACGGUGAAAGCCAUGGUUGAGUUGAAAGACGAGGGCAAGAUCAAGCACCUGGGCCUGUCAGAAGUGAGCGCCGCGACCAUCCGACGAGCUCACAAGGUGCACCCAAUCACAGCGAUCGAGCUCGAGUGGUCGCUUUGGGAGCGGUCUGUGGAGGCAGAGAUUAUUCCCACUUGCAGGGAGCUCGGAAUCGGCAUCAUUGCCUACAGUCCCCUCGGCCGCGGCUUCUUCUCCGACAAGCCAAGCGCCAUCGGGCCAGGCGACUUCAGGGCCAUCACACCGCGUUUCAACUCUGAGAACCUGGAGAAGAAUCGGCAGCUGUUGGAGAACGUGAAGAAGAUUGCGGAGCGGAAGGGCGCGACGACCAGCCAGCUGGCGCUGGCGUGGGUUCUCUCACGUGGGGAUGACGUCGUGCCGAUUCCGGGGACUACGAAAUUGGCUAACCUCGAGAGCAACUUGGGCGCACUGGACAUCAAGCUUUCCCCAGAGGAGAUUAAAGAGUUGGAAGACGCAGUUCCCGCUCACCUUGUACACGGGAUUCGUUACCCAGAGCACGCGUUGAAGGCGACUCACGAGUUCGAGAAGACACCAGAACUCGACGGGUAACAUCACAAGGAUUCAAUGUGGGACAAGGAUAAAGAUAAGCAUGCUUGCGGCUCCUCGCUUGGGAAUAGACAUCGUCCAGGUUCUGUAAGUUAUUCUUGUUUGCUGCUUCGUCAAAGCUAGGCGCGCUCGUCAAAGUUUUGUGGCGGGUCCGUGGUCUUAUAGACUGGCGACGUGCCCACUUGCUUGCUGUUGCUAGGUAGCUCGAUCAAACUGCACGCAGCACGCUUAACAUAGAUCGACGGAUGCAUAUAAAGACGAUCUCGAGCCCGGUCGUUCAGACGGUGUCAUGAAUGAUUUGCUGACGGCCCGGCCAGCCGGCAUGUGACGAGUAGAGGCUUGCCUAAGGUACGUUGACGCAUCACCGAUUGAAUCUCGAACUUGAAGC